CCCCCCGGUAACCCCGGACCGGAGCCGGGACCCCCCCCUCAGAACCCCCCGGUAACUCCGGGACCCCUCCGGUAACCCCGGACCGGAGCCGGGACCCCCCCCAGGACUCCCUGGUAACCCCGGACCAGGCCUGGGAACCCCCUCCGGUAACCCCGGACCGGAGCCGGGACCCCCCCCUCAGAACCCCUCGGUAACCCCGGGACCCCCCGGUAAUCCCGGACCGGAGCCAGGACCCUCUCCCGGUAUCCCCAGGACCUCCCCAGGACCCUUUCGGUAACCCGGGGACCCCCCCCGAUAACCCCGGACCAGGCCCGGGACCCCCCCGGUAACCGAGGAUUCCCCCCCCGUUUUCCUCCCGCUAUUCCCGGAAUUUUCCUGGGAUUUAAUCCCAAAAUUCCCGGGAUUUUGCGCCCCCUCAGACCCCCCGUUAUCCUCCCGGUAUUCCCGGGAUUUAAAUCCUUUUAUCCCCGAAAAUUCCCGGGAUUUCCUCGGGAUUUAAAACCCCGAAAUCCGCGGGAUUUUCCCUCGUUCUUUCCGCCGGGAUUGCCCCAAAAUUCUCGGAAUUUUCUUGGGAUUGAACCUCAAAAUUCCUCCAAAAUUCCCGAAAUUUCCAGAAUUUUUUUAGGCUUUAAACCCUCAAUUCCCCCAAUAUUCCUCCUAACUUGCCAAAAUUUCCCGGAAUUUUUCUGGGGUUUAAAUAUUUCCCCAAAAUUCCCAGAAAUUUUCUUGGGAUUUAAACCCAAAUUUCCCCCAAUAUUCCCUGGAUUUAGCCGCCAAAAUUCCCAGAAUUUUCAUGGGAUUUACUCCCAAAAUUCCUGCAAUAUUUCUUCAAAAUUCCCAACAUUUCUUCGGGCUUUAAUGCCCAAAAUUCCUGGGAUUUAAUCCCUCAAAAAUUCCAAAAAAUUCCCGAAAUUCUGCCGGGAUUUUAGCCCCAAAAUUCCCGAAAUUCUGCCAGGAUUUAAUCCCCAAAAUUCCCCCAAAUUCCCUCAGGAUUUAACCCCUUCAUCCCCACUUUUCUCCUUCGUAUUUUUCCCAUUUUUCCUUCAUUUUCCCCAUUUUUUCCCCCAAUAUUCCUGAAAUUCCUUCAGGAUUUAACCUCUCAAUUCCCAGAUAUUUUCCCUCCCAUUUUCCCAUUUUUUCCCCUAAUAUUUUCCCUUUUUCCCUCCCAUUUUCCCAUUUUUUUCCCAUAAUAUUUUCCAUUUUCCCCCCAUUCUUUCUCUCCUAUUUUUCCCAUUUUCCCUCCCAGUUUUCCCCAUUAUUUUCCCUCCUCUUUCCUCUAAUAUUUUCCCCAUCCUUUCCCCCAUUUCCCUCCUAUUUCCCCUAAUAUUUUUCUCCAUUCUUUCCUAUUUUUUGCCCUCUUAUUUCCCAAUUUUCCCUUCUACUUUCCCUAAUAUUUUCCCCAUUUCCCCCCCAUUUUUUCUCUUCUAUUUUUCCCAUUCUUUCCCCCAUUUUCCCUCCUAUUUUCCUCCUUUUUUUCCCUAAUAUUUUCUCAAAUUCUUCCCAAUUUCCCUCCAUUUUUCCCCUAAUAUUUCCCCCCUUUUCCCUGCUAUUUCCCACGUUUUUUCCCCAUUCUUUCCCAUUUCUCUUAACUAUUUUCCCCUAUUUUCCUUCUUAUUUUCCCUAAUAUUUUCCCCAUUUUUUCCAUUCUAUUUUUCUCAUUUCCCCUCAGUUUUUCCCUCCUAUUUUCCCCAUUCCUUCCCCCAAUUUCCCUCGUGUUUUCCCUAAUAUUUUCCCCGAUUUUCCUCCCUUUCUCUCAUAAUAUCUUCCCCAAUUUUCCCAAUUUUUCUCUCAAUUUAUUUCCCUAAUAUUUCCCCAUUUUCCCUCCUGGUUUCCCCCAUUUUUCCCCAUGGAAUCCCAAUGCGAUUACUCCAUGUACUUCCCCGCCGUCCCCUUCCCUCCGCGGGAAUUUCUGGCGGGAGAUUCCUCCGGUUACCGCGCCCUGCCCCGCCGCAACCACCUGUACCUGGGCGAGACCGUGCGCUUCCUGCUGGUGCUGCGCAGAAACGCCGCGAACCCCGAGAGAAACCCCGACAGAAAUCCCGAUAAAAAUCCCGACAGAAAUCCCGAUAAAAAUCCCGAUAAAAACCCCGAUAAAAAUCCUGAGGGAACUCCCGCCCACCCCGACAGAAGCCCCGCCCACUCCGGCAGUGGCACCGCCCCCUUUGACAGAGACCCCGCCCACCCCGGCAGGGACCCCGCCCACUCCGGCGGCGGCCCCGCCCACUCCUCUCCAAGCCCCGCCCCUUGUGGCGGGAGCGUGCCGGGCGCGUCGCCGUGGGCCCAGCUCGCCGCGUCGCUCUCGGCGCUCGCCACCGUCACCAGCGGCGACAGCCGCGCCCGCCAUGAGGAGGAGGCCAAUCCCGCCAACGAUCCCGGGGAUAACUUCGGGAAUUCCGGCAACGCCGACGAUUCCCGGGAGCCGCCGCCGCUCUUCCGGGAGUGCCGCGCGCUCCUCACGCACUCGCGGGGCCCCGCGGGCGGCGCCGGCCCGGGGCUCCCCGUUGAUGACCCCAUCAUCUCCCAGGACGAGGUGAUUUUCCCCCUCACCGUGGCCCUGGACCGGCUCCCGCCCGGCACCGCCAAGGCCAAGAUCGUGGUGACGGUGUGGCAGCGGGACACGGAGCCCCCGGAGCUGCAGGAGGGGACAGGGACAGGGACAGGGACAGGGACGGGCCAGGUGACAAUGACAGGGACAGGGACAGGGACAGGGCCAGGGGGGUACCUGAGGCUGCUCCAGGGCCGCGCCCCCGGCCAGGUGUUCCGGCAGCAGCACGGCGCCUUCAAGGCUCAAGUGUCCACGCUGCUGACGGUGCUGCCACCCCCCCGUGUCCGCUGCCGCCAGGUCACCGUGUCCGGAAAGUACCUGACCGUGCUCAAAGUGCUGAACGGCAGCUCGCAGGAGGAGCUCUCUCUCUGGGACGUGCAGGUGCUGCCCAAUUUCAACGCCAGUUACCUGCCCGUGAUGCCCGACGGCUCCGUGCUGCUCGUGGACGACGUCUGCCACCACUCCGGGGAGGUGCCCGUGGGCGCGUUCUGCCGCGUGCCCGGGUGCCACUCGCGGUGGCCGUGUCCCCUGAGCGCCCUGGAGGAGCAGAACUUCCUGUUCCAGCUGCAGGCGCCCGAGCGGCCGCCCCGCGACGCCAAGGAGGGCCUGGAGGUGCCGCUGGUGGCCGUGGUGCGCUGGUCGACGCCGAAGCUGCCGUUCACCAACAGCAUCGUCACCCACUACCGGCUGCCGAGCAUCCGCCUGGAGCGGCCGCGCUUCGUCAUGACGGCCACGUGCGAGUCGCCCGUGGUGGCCCUGCAGCGCUUCACCGUCACCUACACCCUGCUCAACGACCUGCAGGACUUCCUGGCCGUGCGGCUGGUGUGGACCCCCGAGGCCACCGCCGGGAAGGCCCGCGGCUCGCUGGACUCCGUGGUUUGCCACACGCCCCUGACCAACCUGGGCUACUCCCGCAAGGGCAGCGCCAGAACCUUCCGGGUGGCCUUCCAGGCACUGCGGGCCGGGCUCUUCGAGCUGUCGCAGCACAUGAAGCUGAAGCUGCAGUUCACGGCCAGCGUGAGCGGCGCCCCGGCCGAGGCGCGCCCGCUGUCCCGCAGGAGCAGCCCCAGCUCCCCGGCCGUGCGCGAGCUCGUGGCCGGGCUCGGCCGCUCCCAGUCCUUCUCCCACCAGCAGCCGGCGCGCAGCCACCUCAUGAGGUCCGGCAGUGUCAUGGAGCGCAGGGCCAUCACGCCCCCGGUGGGGUCCCCCGUGGGCCGCCCCCUGUACCUGCCCGCGGGUGACAAAGCCGUGCUGGCCCUGGACAAGAUCGCCAAGAGGGAGUGCAAGGUGCUCGUGGUGCCACCCGUCCAGUGACAGCGGG